GUAUGGAGCUCUCACAUCUCUACUUCAUCCUGGAAUACAAGAGAACUGGCAUUAUUUUAUCUGGGAAUUGUCUUGUUGUUCCUGAAAUCUGUAACAUUUCACAGAAUGCAGCAGUUUGCAAUUGUACCGUGCUUCUCUUUGCAGUCAGGGUGAUGUUGCUCAUUAUGGGGCUGCCUUUCCAUGGAACCUGGUAGAUGCAUUGGCAGGAUUUGGUGAAACACUGCUCAAACCAUGUGGUGAGAGUGUGAGGAAAUGCAGCAGAAUCCAUCAUUUGCUGCAUUUUGACCUUUUGUAGGAAAUAUUGGCAAGGCCCAAGACCUUCAGUUGCCACGGAAUAGAGUCAAGGCUGUCCUUUUCCCAAGACCCUAGAGAAAUAUCCUGGAUUAUGAUCAAGGCCAUGGGUACAGCCUGUCCCUAAAUGGAAGGGCUUUUGCUGAGAUUUCAAGCAUGUGACUGUGGUGCACACCAGAAGAUGAAAACCUGGGCUGAUUCUGAGCAAGCCAGGGAAGCCCCAGCAUUGUGCAGCGUGGUGCCCUUCACUGUGCUUGUGGGUGGGGUUAACAGAAACCUAAUCCAUCAGUCUUUUGCUGCAAAGUCUGUUGUGUUUACAUGAGGCCAUUUGAAAUCCCUCUGCAGCAUCCUCUGCCAUUUUUGGUACCAACUGUUUGACUGGUACCAAAGUCAGGUUUGAAGCACGAUCCAGUGGUUGUUGUUGUGCAAGGAAACGUCCAGCAGAGUGAGAGGGCACAGGGUCGGGGCUGUUGCCCAUCACUAGACAGGAGGAUGACUCGAGGAUAGACCCUCCUCAUAAUGAGGUGGUGGCCCCAAGUCUUCGGCAACAGGAUCAGGUUUUCCACAAAACGAGUGGUUUGGGCACUGCCCUAGGUAACAGAGCCUUAUCACUGCAGGGGACGGGUGGUACCAGACGUGCGGCUGCGGGCAGUGAGCCCAGAAACAUUGCGCAAUCAUUGCCUCUCCAAAGCAAUUUAUAGCGGGAGCAGGGAGAAGCGGACAGCGAGAGAACACAGCAGCAGCGGGACAGGCGCCGGGCUGCCCCUGCACAGCCCGAGCCUCCCGCUGCGCUCUGCCCUGCGCCGAGCCAGCCCCGCUACAGGGGCACGGCCUGACCGCACUCUCCGGAGAUGGCAGAUUGCAGGUGCUUCCCCCAGCCUGGGGACCUGAUCGAGGUCGACCGGGAAUUUUACCAGCACUGGGCUCUCUACGUCGGGGAUGGAUAUGUCAUCCAUGUGACAAAUGGAGGAGACUCAUCCCUUUUGGGUGGCAGCUCAUCCGCCGCAAGGGCCAAAGUGAAGAAGGAGCUCCUGAAGAAGGUGGCCGGAAAUGAUAAAUGGUGUGUCAACAACAACUAUGAUCGCUCCCGCGAUCCUCUCCCCGUGGAGGAGAUCAUCCGGCGUGCUGAGCAAUGGAUUGGCGAGCAGGUGCCUUAUGAUGUGCUUGGCAGCAACUGUGAGCACUUUGUGACAGGGCUGCGCUAUGGAAAGAGAAAGUCUGACCAGGUCAAAACUUUAAUUCUUAGUCUCACUACAACCACAGCAGUAAGUAUUGCUGGUGCUGCCCUUUCUCUUGGUAUGACAACAACAGUAAUAGGAGGCAUUCUUUGUACUUCUGCUGUUGUUGGUGUCAGAGCAUUUUUCAAGGAGCUUUCCAGGAUACAGAACUACUGAUGGGCCACAAGAAAGAGCUCAGAGCAAAGCAGGGGGAGCCCCUGGCUACAGUGAUCACUGGUCAGCUUUUGCUACAUUUGCCACCAAGGCUGACUAGCAACUCUGCCAUCCUUACUGUAAACAUUAAAUCAGCCUUAAUAAAGCAUCUGAAAUCCAAACUCAUGUUGCCAUAAACCCCUCUUUUAUCU